UGAGUGACUCCUAAACUGUAACACCUGUUCGGUCACUGUCACCUCAUUUUGUUUAGCCAGCUUUUAUUUAUUAUUAAAACGCGCAAAUAAACAAGCCGCCAGCAUGGAUAGCAAGUAGAGGGUACCAUGGAGACGCUGCCUUGUGCCAACCAGCUGCAGGAGCCGUCGCAGCAGCCUCAGCAACAACAGCAGCAGCUCGUGAAUCUCAGCAUGGAUGCGAAUCUUCCCGAGAAUAUGGUUAGCAUUCCUAAGGAGAUAAUCCUUAUAUCGCUGGUGUCCCGACAGCAGUCUCUCUACAAUCCCAAGCACCCGCACUACAGAAGCACCAAAAUCAAGGAUGAGAAAUGGCUGGAAAUAGGCGGUAAUGUGGGGUGGACAGAUGCACAAUGCAAAUCCAAGUGGAAGGCUAUGAGGGACCAGUACUGCCGGGAACUGAAACGCGCCAAAGCCUGUGCCAAAGCUGUGAAAUGGAAAUACUUCAAGGAGCUGGACUUUCUGCGACCUUAUGCCUUGGCCAGGAACUAUAGAGGAAGAUCUGGCCAGAAUACCAAUGGCAUUGUUUCCACAGUUACGCCCAUAUCGCUUCCAUUAAGUAACUCCUUUAGCAGCAGCAGCAGCAGCCAGAACCUGAACCUCUCUGGCAGCAUUAAAAUAGAGGAUGCCAGUGCUACCACGCUGCUGGACAACUGCAGCUUUAGUUCUGCCGGCACGCCUGAUAAGAAAACAGGCGCCACCUUUAUGGCAAGCCAUAUAGGCACUGUACUGCAGCAACAGCAGCAGACGCAGCCGGAGACCAACUGGAAUUAUCUAACAGACGCUGGUGGCGGCAGUGCCCCUUCAAUUAUAGUACAGUGCGGCACUGCUAGCACCACCACGGUGGUGGACACACUCUACAACGACAUUGUAGAUUGCGUAAAUGCCGCCAAUCAUUCAAAUUCUACGACCACGGCUGCAGGUGGCACUGUAACCGGCACAGCAUCAGCUUCAAACGCCGAGGAGGAGGACGAUGAUCCCAUACACACCUUCCUCAAUAUGGAAAGCUACUUCGAAAAGGAACUGAUCACGCUGAUACAGCAGGAGGAUAUGAUCUACAACUAUAGCAACGAGAACUACCGCAACGCCAAGCUAAAAAUGGAGGUGUGGGAGGAGAUAGCCAGGAAGCUGAAGAAAUCGGUUAAACAAUGCCGUCUAAAAUGGAAAGCUUUAAGGGACCAAUAUGCUCGGGAGCAUAAGCGUUUAAGAACGCUGAUGCACAUAGAUGCCACUUCGCGUUGGAAGCACUAUGACUCGCUCAGCUUUCUGCAAAAGUAUAUUCAACAAAAGUCUUUGGAUGGAGAUCCACAAUUAAGCCUUCUUUUGCCAAAACAUGAUGCCGUCACAGAGCUGGAGGAGCACAUGGUUCAGUCUGAUUCACCGCCCACGCAACAAAGCCACUUAGAGUCCUCCUCAUCCAAUUCGCAACUAAAUAUGCCUGCCCUGCCACACUUGACGGCUACACACAAGGCUGAAAUAACUGAAGCUCUACAAGAUCAGCAGCAGCAGCAGCAGCAAAACUCUGAGCAACGACAUCAGCAACAGCAAGCGAGCGAGUUGUGUGUGGCCACCUACGAUGACAUGGAACUAGAGAACUACAUCAAUGGUGAUGCACACCAGGAAGAUGAGGAAAACGACGAAGAGGACGAGGAAAUGGAAACCACAACUGGCACGGAGCAAGCACCACAGCAACAGGACCAGCAGAUGAUCAGCUAUGACCACGAAGAAGGUCCUGUCUAUAUGGCCGUACAGACUGUGAGCAAUGCCCUGGCCAAACAGGAGCAGGCUAGUGGUAGAGUCGCCAAUAUGGAGCACCAACAGCUGCAGGCAGUGGCGGAAUAUCAGCAGAAACUUGAGCCUCCCAGCACUCCGCGCUACCAGAAUGCUGCCAGCACCCCCAGCUCCACUUCCACGUCGCGCUAUCAUUCGGCACCGAUCACGCCCAACAAACCAACCAGCCAUGUGGAGUUUCCACCCACCAACGGACACAAUUCCGGCGAUGAUGACGAGAUUGGAGCCUUUUUCAAGGCAGUAGCCAUGAAAAUCCGCAACGCUCAGCUGGAACCAGUGGCCUUCACCGAUCUGCAAAUUGAUAUUCUGCGCGUCAUCAACGAGGCUUUGAGGAAUCACUAGUACUCGAAGCUGAUCAGAUUUAGUUUAUGUGGACCAUCAAAGGUUUCAGCACGUUUCAUUUUAGACAAUAAGUGUUAUUUCGAAAGUGUUUUUCUAAUUUUUAAAUGAGUUAAUAUUUUUUGUACAUUUUUCUUUUAAAUUUUCAAAAUAUCCCAUUGGCCGCAAAGCUCCGAUGCAAUACUUAAUAAUGUGUUACAUGUAUAUAGACCAAAAGUCAGAGAAAAAGAAAGUAAUAGUGUUUAUUAGCAUAGGAUGUGUCCAGUUGACAAAAUGAAACCGGAACGACAAGAAUUCUAACUACUGUUUAAAGAAUAACCAUAAUUAAAUCGAUUGUAACGAGCUCUUACAAUAGUGAAACAAAAAAAUAUAUAUUUUGAAAGCAAGAAGAAA